GAUCACCAUGUGCGCCGAACAGCUCCUUGUAAAAGUCUAUGUCGUGAGAGGAGAUGGACAAUUGGACCACAUAGGUACGGGACACGUCUUAACCAUUUAUAAUGAGCAGCUCCAUUGCCAGUGCCUCCUUGUUCAGUCAGAUUCAGAUGAUUCAAAGAUUUUAGAGUCUGAAAUACGUUCAAACACACUCUAUCGGAAAAAACAGGGUACAUCAAUUGUUUGGUCCGACAGUGAGAACGUUAGUAGGGCUCUGAGUUUUCAGGACCCAGAAAGCUGUCAGAAAAUCUGGAAAGAAAUAUGCCGAAUUCAAGGUAAAGAUCCAUCAGUGGAAGUCACAGAAGAACUUCUAGACAAAACAGGGCAAUCUGAUGAAAUGUUAGAAACCAGUAAUCUUGUUGAGCCGCCUAAGUGUGAAAUCAAUACAAUUGGCGAUCUCGCUGAUUUCUUUCAAUCAUUUUUGGUCUCGUCUACCCAUAAGGAAAGGCUGCUUCUGAUCUUGAAAAAUGGGAAUUAUAUUCAAAAAUUACUACAGCUAUUCCAAACUUGUGAGACUUUACAGAAUAUAGAAGGGCUACAUCAUUUAUAUAACAUUGUUAAAGAAAUCUCAUUCCUCGAUAACACUCCUCUGUUUGAGAUUAUGUUUUCUGAUGAGUGUAUUAUGGAUGUGGUGGGAUGCCUUGAGUAUGACCCUGCAGAUCCUCAUCCAAAAAGGCAUAGGCAGUUCUUAACCGAAAAUGCAAAAUUGAAGGAAGUUAUACCAAUAACAAACUCUGUACUUAGGCAAAAGAUACAUCAGACAUACAGAAUACAGUACAUUUAUGAUAUUCUUUUGCCUACACCAUCCAUGUAUGAACACAAUCAUCUCCCUUCUCUUACAAAUUUUAUUUUCCUCAACAAGACUGAGAUAGUCAACAUGCUACAGGAAGAUGGCAUGUUUUUGUCUGAAGUAUUUACACAGUUAAGCGAUAAGACCAUGGAUAAUGAUAAACGGCGUGAACUGCUAUUUUUUUUCAAGGAGUUCUGUGAAUUUUCUGAGACAUUAUAUCCUCAAAGCAAAGAUACACUACUCAAAACUUUAAUAAAGCUGGGAAUUUUACCUGCCCUUAAAAUUGUUAUAAGUAUGGAUGAUUUCCAAAUAAAGACAGCUGCUACAAUUAUAUUUGCUUAUCUGGUGGAGUACAAUCCAUCCAUAAUCCGACAAUUUGUAGUAGAUGAAACUCAGGAGAGUAAAGAUGAUGAACUUCUGAUUAAUGUAGUAAUUGCACAAAUGAUCAGUGAUACUGAUCCUGAAAUUUCAGGUGCCAUGAAUUUGAUGGAACCUCUUCGUUCUCUGCUUAACCCAGACAACAUGCUUAUAUCAUCUUUUGAAUAUGAAAGAUAUAAAUUUCUAAAUUUCUUCUAUGAACAUUGCAUGCAUAACUUGAUAGCACCACUUUUAUCCACCACUGAAAAAGACAGCGAGGAAGAGGAUGAUAGAUUUGGACUUGACAAAAACAAAACUUGCCCGAGUGCUGUUCGUUUUAUGAGAGAGAUAAUUAACGUUAGAGAUGAACAAUAUAAUCGUUACAUCAUCCAGGGAAAUCUUUUUGAGCCGGUUGUAAAUGCUUUUUUGGCUAAUGGACAUCGGUACAAUAUAUUAAAUUCAGCUAUUAUUGAACUAUUUGAGUAUAUAAGUGUGCAAAAUAUCAAAUCUCUUGUUGCACAUGUAGUCGAAAACUUUUACAUGGCUUUUGAAUUGAUUGAAUACGUUCAGACAUUCAAAAGAUUGAAGACUAAAUAUAAACAAGAAAAACACAGACAAGGUCAAGCAAGGAUGAUAUUACAUUCUACACUAUGUAAAGAUACCAAAGUCAUGAAGGUGAAGGAAGAAAUGCACCUUAAACAAAAUAUGAGAGAAGCAGUUUUGCCACCAAUGGGAAACAGUUCAGAUGGUGAUGAAAAACUUUCAGAGGAUAAAAGCACAAAAGAAAAUGAAGAUAAGGUAGACCUUCCCAAAGGAACAUCUUCUGGUGUCGUCAGAUUUUCUUCAUCUUGUUCUGAUGGUGCUGGUGAUGCAAUGAGUAUUCCACACAGUAGCAGGGUAUCUACUGCAACGUUUGGUCCCCAUGAUAACAAAGUGGAAGAAGACGAAGAUAAAACAUCCCCCAAUAAAAGACCUCAUUUUAGUUCAUAG